UUUGUUUUUAUUUUCAUUCAUCACAAACAUACACUAACUUGUACAUUCAUUACUCAUCAAAUUUUUAGUGAAGAAACACAAAAACAAUGAACCCAGCUGAAGUAAACGAAAUUAUCAAAGCCGCCAAUCUGUAUUUGACUCGACUAAAAUAUUUAAACAACGAAUUAGACUCUGCUGUUAAACAAAUCGAACAUACAUUUGUCGAUAGCGAGGCCGACAUUAAGAAAAAUUUCGCAAAAAUCAGGGAAUCCCUCAACGAUGUUAUAUCGAAAAGGGAACAACACUUACUCGACAAAGCUAGAAGGACAAAGUCGGACGCUUUGGCGCCUUUGAGAGAGUGCCAAUCGUUUCUACUGGGAAAAAUCGAGACAACAGUGAAGCUAAUACAAACAGGAACAACUUUAGUUACUAAUAGAGAUAUAAAAGAAUUUAAUAACAAUGCGAACGUACUCGGUUGUUUACCGGAAGUUCCGGAACUCAAAGACGUACCUUAUCUUAGUUUCUACUACGAUCCCGCUCUCGAACUGGAAUUAAUAGAUAAAAUAGGAAGUUUUGGGGAUAUCUACAAACACCCUCCCGUACAGAUACACGAAAUGAUAGAGAAGCCAGGAGCCAUUUUAGUUGAAUGGAAAAUAACUGUAGACAAUGAAGAAAAAGUCACGGACAUUGAAGAAUUCAAGCUGCAAAAAGCCUUCGGAGAUGUCACUAAAGACAAACGGCUAAUAGCUAAUUUCUCGGAGUGUUUCCGAGGUCUAGAUUCACAGUAUCUGGUGAAAGAUCUCGAGCACAAUCAAGCAUAUUCGUUUAGAGUGUGCUGUAGAUUUGAGGGCUCUAAAGAAUGGUCUCCUUGGUCUCUACCUCAAAUAGCUAGUACAUCAUUAAAGCAUUUUACUUGGAAGUAUAAUUCUAAUUACGAGUACUCGAAUCAGUACAGGGCUGCCCAACCUAAAGGGGAUAAGGAAGAUAUGUUAUGUUCGGACGGGGCUCAGUUUUCAGUAGGACACUCAAUAGAUUUUAUGUUUUUAGAAAGCGAUUCGAAUUACGCUGUUGUCGGAUUAUUGGUACCUUCUGGUGAUUUACCAAAAUCCCUUAAAGACAUCAAAGAAAGUAGUUUUUUGAUGAACAAUCACGGGAAAAUUAUUGUUGAUGGUGUUGAAAAAGCUACAGUGUUGCCGGAAUUCCACAGGGGCUCAAAAGUGACUUUCAGUUGUUGCUUAACAAAUGGAAAAAAUGUUCGAGUGAGCAUUGAUAGCGAAGAUAAAAGGGUUACUUACGAUUGGCCUGUUAAUGUGGCUUCUAAAAUGUAUUUUGUUGGGGAAUUUCAUUCGUCGAAUUGGAAAGUUAUGGUGGAAUGAUUGUUUGAUUGGACCCUUGAAAUGUACUCAAAUUGUCCAGGACAAAGUUGUUUUAAUAAAACAAAAUUCAAUGUAUUUUUUAUAUGCAUAUUUUAAUUAAUUAAUGAAAUUUCCAGUGUACUAUAAACCAAUUGAAUUAUGAAAUGAAUUAUAAAUUAGGUAAGGGUGUCGUAGAAAAAAUAUUAUAUUGUUCUUCGAUUUUCUAUUAUUUUGUAGUUUUUUUCAACUAUUCUUCUAUUUCUGCUUUUUUUUCGAGUUUUUAAUAAUUCUGCCAUUUUUUAUGGACCUCAGGUCGAAAAUCGACGAUUUUAACGUGAACGGCUUGAAAUUUUUCGAAUUUCGGCGGGAUCGGGCACAAUUGGUAUUGUACUCGAUCGCCCGAUAGAGGCACAUAUUCGUC